AUGAAUGCUUCGCAUUGUCUUUGGACACACAAACAGGCGUAUAAAUUCUGACACUCACUGAAAGAUCUGAAGCUUCAACUAUUCCAGUCCUAGACUCGGCAGUAGCUCCAAGAAAGUUGAUAUCGUGGAUGUGGGCAAUAAUGGCGGUGCCUAGGAGUGUGUUAUUACUCCUGCUUUUACAGUUUUUUACUGUAAGAACAUCAGGAACACUUGUCUCCAGCUGUGAUUCAUGUCACGAUGAAGCCGCCUGCCACGAGUCUAAAGAAAGAGGCGACACUUUCUCAAGCCAGACGCUCUCUUGUGUCUGUAACGAUGGUUUUGUAGGUGAUGGCCUCAUGUGUUACAAUAUAAAACUCUGUAGUGACUCUUCUUGCUGUAAAGAAGGUUAUCAGUGGUCACCAGACAGGGGCUGUGUGGACACGGACGAGUGCUCUCUUACAGACUCCCCAUGCAAACCAUCUCAGGUUUGCACAAACACUCCAGGCUCUUUCGUAUGCUUGGAGCCUUCCCCCAGCUCCAGAUCAGGUCCCUCCUCCCAGUCUGUCCAGUUCAGCUGUGGAUCCACUGUGUGUCCUUCAGGCACAGACUGUGUCAGAAUGAAUGGGACUCUCCAGUGUGCUGACCCCUGCCAGGAGUACACUGUGCUGAAUGAUGACUGGCGAUCAACAAAUAACACGUCCACCCAGAACCUACACUGUGACCAACAUGUUGACUGGCAAGGCUGGUAUCGGCUGUUUCUGGGCCAAACCAGUGCUCAUAUUCCAGAGAAGUGUGUGGCUGAAAGAAGGUGUGGAACCCAUGCUCCUCUGUGGAUAACAACUCCUCAUCCCACACAGUCAGGUCAGAUUGUGAGCCGCACUGUGUGUGGCUCAUGGUCAGGAAGGUGCUGUCGUUUCUCCUCACACACCAUCCAUGUCAAGCUCUGCUAUGGAAACUACUUCAUCUACAAACUUGUACGGCCAAGCAACUGUCACCUUGCAUACUGUGCAGAGGUGAACGGAGCAACUCCUGAAAAUCCUUCAACCACACUUGAUCCAAGUACAGCGACCUCUUCUGCCAGUCAGGUCAAUAUCACCUCCACCACAACACCCGACAACAGCUCAGCAGUUGAGGGUGAGGUCCGUCUGGUUAACAGAGGGAACCAGUCCUGCUCUGGCAGAGUAGAGAUCUUCCACCGUGGACAGUGGGGGACGGUGUGUGAUGAUCAAUGGGGCCUGGCUGAUGCUCAGGUGGUGUGCAGACAGAUGGGCUGUGGCAGGGCUCUGUCAGCACCAUCAGUUGCCUAUUUUGGACAGGGCAGUGGACCCAUCUGGAUGGAUGAUGUCUCUUGCACAGGCAGCGAAUCAAAGCUUGGAGAGUGCAGGCACAGAGGGUUUGGAUCACACAACUGUGGACACAAUGAAGACGCUGGUGUCGUCUGUGAAGUAAAUAUAAUUCUUAUGAUCUGUCAAAAGUAGGGUCGGCUGAUAUGGGAUUUUUAAUCCAAUACCGGUAUUGAGGAGAAAACCUUCAACCUUAAAUAGUAUUUGUCAUUUUAAAAGAUAUAUCUAUAGUAUGUUUUUUUUUUAAUUAUAUAACUUGUCUUUGAGAGGUCAAUGAUGAUUUUAGUUGUCAGUAAUAGGUUGGAGAAAUAUAAAACAUGAUCUUUACACUACUAAAACACAUAAGUUGUUGCUGUUUUUUUAUUGUAUUUAAAGUCAUUCUUUCUUGUGUCUCUCAUCAUCAACAUAAUGUCUCAUGUUUUCCGUCAGCUGCUGCACCAGUCAGGCUGGUCAACUCUAAUAACCGCUGCUCUGGCAGAGUGGAGGUCUACCAUGAUGGUCUGUGGGGGACAGUGUGUGACGAUGCCUGGGACCUCAGUGAUGCUAACGUGGUGUGUAGACAGCUGGACUGUGGCCCUCCUCGUUCAGCAUUACUAAAUGCAGCUUUUGGACAGGGCAGUGGACCCAUCUGGUUGGAUGAUGUUGGUUGUUCUGGCAACGAAAUAUCAAUAACAGAGUGCAGACAUCCAGGG